AUGAAAGACAACAAAGCAUUAAAACACGACUUGGUGGUGUUUAUGCACCUGCUGAAGGCCUCGAUUGGCAGCGGUAUACUUUUUCUUCCACACGCGUUCAGCCGAGCUGGGUAUGUAACGGCCUUAGUUUCCAGCGUGCUGAUCGGACUGAUAAGCUGCUACACCGCAGUCCUCACAGUGCAAUGCUCACACAUCCUCUGUAGACGCUUUAAAAAACCCUCGAUGGAUCUUGCUGAAAUAGUAUCCUCGUCAUUUACGAUUGGACCUGAAAGAUUUCGAAAGUACGCUGUUCACUUCAACAUCCUCACCAACGUCCUCGUGUGUUUCAUUCAAUACGAAACGGUUAUAAUAUACUCGAUAUACGUCGGUACUUCUACUCAACAGAUAAUUGAAAAUUUAACAGACGCAUCGAUUAACAUUCGCAUUUACAUAAUAAUGUUCAUGCCGAUUUAUUACAUCCUCGCACUGAUGCCAAACUUCAAGUGGUUGAUGCCUUUUUCGGCGGCGGGGGCGUCGUUUCUCGCCCUCGGAUUGACAAUAACUCUGUACUACUUUUUCGAGGACUUUCAAUCACCAAGUCGCCUACCAAUGUACACCGGCAUCACUGCAAUACCAAUUUUCAGCAGCAUAUUUAUGUUUGCCGUUCACAAUAUGACGGUGAUAAUGCCGCUAGAGAACAGCAUGAAGAACCCGACACACAUGCCGCGAAUUCUUACGCUCAGUAUGAUGCUGAACGUGCUCAUUUACAUGGUCUUUGGAUUCCUCGGGUACAACAAAUACAUGGACGCCUGUGAUACAGUUAUUAAAAAUUUGCCAUUUGGAGAGAUAGCGUCGAAACUCGUUAAAAUAGUUGUAACAUUGUCCGUCAUUUGUACAUACGGUCUUCACUAUUAUGUGCCUGUAAGUAUUCUAUGGCCAAUGAUAAUUCGAAAAAACAUAGCGAUAAUAGGAAACUGCACGAAAGCCUGUGAGAUAAUAUUCAGAUUAGCUGGUGUAACCAUUUCAACAAUGCUCGCGGCAGCUGUUCCACAAAUGGUACCGGUGCUUGGAUUAUUGACAGCGUUCAGUAUGACAACCACGAUGUUAUUAAUGCCUAUUGCAGUUGAAAUGACCACCAAGUGGUAUGACAAAACUCCAAUUAUUUAUGUCUUUUGCCGAUGGUCGAAAAAUAUUAUCAUUUUUUUCAUAUGGCUGCUUAUGUUUAGGAAAGAAGGAGAAGAAAUUGGAGGUGAGACUCCAGGAAGUCAAAUGAAGGAGUUUAGCAGCACCACGAAGAUAGCGCCGACUAUCGGGGAGUACAACGAGAAGGAUGAACUCUAUGAUCCAUUCGAACACCGAGAUAAAAAAAAUACCUACUCUGACCUAGGAUCGCUAGUCCACAUGGUAAAGUCAUCUCUCGGCUCGGGAAUAUUAGCGAUGCCAAACGCCUUAAAAAACGGCGGUCUCCUCUUCGGUGGAAUAGGCACACUGCUAAUAGGGAUACUCUGCGGACACUGCGUCCACAUUCUCGUCAGAUCAUCACAUCACCUCUGUAGGCGGACGAAAACUCCAAAAAUGACGUACUCUGAAACGGCCCAAACAGCAUUUGCGUGUGGGCCUAAGGCGCUAAGACCGUACGCCAAUUUCAUGAAACUAGCCGUAGAUAUUGCGCUGUGCUGUACGUAUUUUGGCGGUGCCUGUGUUUACGUUGUAUUUAUUUCAACGACUAUCAAACAGAUCACCGAUUAUCAUACGGGCUUAGACAUAAACAUAAGGCUAUACAUAUUAGCGCUGAUACCAGCGUGUAUUUUACUAUCUCAAAUACGUAAUCUGAGAUAUCUGAUACCGUUUUCGGCGCUCGCAAAUGUAUUCAUGAUUGUCGGAUUAGCAAGUACUCUCUACUACGUUUUUAAAGACUUUGAGCCGCACAGUGACAUCAAGUACAUCGCUAAACUCGAAAACCUUCCUAAAUUUUUCGCCACUGUGAUUUUCGCCAUCGAGGGAAUCGGUGUGGUAAUGCCAAUCGAAAACAGCAUGGAAAAACCCCACCACUUCUUAGGCUGCCCAAGUGUUCUUAACAUAACUAUGACUAUUGUCGUUGCUUUGUACGCGAUUAUGGGAAUAUUUGGAUACUUGAAAUACGGCGAAGAAACGGCCUCAAUAAUUACUCUCAAUUUAGCUGUUGAUGAUGUAUUCGCUCAGGUCGUUAAAUUAACAAUUGCAUUAGCGAUUCUCUUUACUUAUGGACUACAAUUUUUCGUUCCACUCGAAAUAACAUCACUAGCAGUAAGAUCUAGAUUGAGCCACAAGUACGGCGGUGUUGGCGAAACAAUAUGGAGAAUAAUAAUGGCUCUGCUUACAGUUGUAAUCGCUCUGGCGAUACCGAAUCUCGAGCCAUUUAUCUCUCUAGUCGGCGCAGUAUUUUUCUCCUUUCUGGGGAUCGCAAUCCCGGUUGUCGUUGAGACAAUUUCAUGCUGGGAAGGUCACCUAGGUACGUGCUACUGGAGGCUUGUUAAGAACAUAUUUCUCUUCGUCUUCUCAAUUCUCGCAUUGAUAUCUGGCACGUGGGUCGCUAUGUCCGACAUAAUCAAAGACUAUGAGAAAAAAUUUGAAUAA